AUGACGUCUCCUCCCCAAGGCUGUGGCAGCAUCAAUGACGACUAUUACUUUCUUUGUGACAUGGAGGCGGCCUGGGGGAUUGUCCUGGAGUCCCUGGCUGCAGCUGGCAUCCUCGUCUCCAUUUUCCUCAUCUGCUCACUCUUCUUUCUCAUCUGCAAAGUCCAAGACAACAGCAAGCGGCACAUGCUCUCCGUCUAUUUCUUCUUUCUCUUAGGCACGCUCGGCAUUUUUGGUCUCACUUUUGCCUUCAUCAUUAAACUCAACGACAGGACUCGCCCCACUCGCUUCUUCCUGUUUGGAGUCAUCUUUGCUCUCUGCUUCUCAUGCCUCCUCACCCAUGCGUGCAACCUCAACAAACUAGUGAGAGGAAGAAAGCCCUUCUCCUGGCUGGUGUUGCUGCUCCUCCUUGUUUCCUUUGCCCUGGUGCAAGUUGUGAUCAAUACUGAGUACUUAGUCACCAUGCUAGUAAACCAGAGAGACGACUUUCUGACUAUGUCUGUGGAGAAGACUAACAAGGACUUUGUCAUGCUUUUGAUCUAUGUGCUCUUCUUGAUGGCUCUGACCUUCUUGGUUUCCAUGUUCACAUUCUGUGGGCCAUACAAAAGCUGGAAGAGGCACGGGGCACACAUCUUUCUCACUGUCCUGUUCUCCAUUGCCAUUUGGGUAGUGUGGAUCACUAUGCUCACAAAAGGCAACACAGCCUUAAACAAACCAAGCUGGGAUGAUCCUGUCGUGGCCAUUGCUUUGGUGUCCAAUGGAUGGGUCUUCCUGAUAAUGUAUAUCGUGCCUGAAAUUUGUUUCCUCACUGCUCCUCUGAAGCUGGAGGACUACCCCCCAGAAAACGACUUCUGCCAACCCAAGUUCAUAAAGCAGACAACUGGAGUAGACAACCAUGCCUAUACCCAAGAUGAGCUUGUGCAAGGUAUGGUGAACUACUCCCCGUACUCUUCUCACUUUCCGAUGAAGACCAUCGAUCCCCAAGAUGAUUUCUCCAUCCCUCGGGCCAAGGCCCGUACAAGCCCAUACCAUGACUACACCGGUGGGAAAGGCCCCAUGUAG